CARAAAGAAAUGACACRCUCGAUGCAACCGAUGAGACGCUCAAYGAUGGAGAAAAGCAGCCGCAUGGUCAGCUUGGUGUUCAUCGCAUCGAUGGGAAUGUCGAUGACCUUUUUGCUGUGCACCUUGCCCCACCGGAUAGAAAUCACGAUGGRAACACCAUUACCAAUYCAGAGCAUGAAUGUUCCGAUGGAGCUAUUAUUGGACAAUCCCCAUUCUWUUUCGCAGACGACUCUCCGCGGAUCCAAUGCUAGCACUUUCUUCCAUCCUCCACUAACGUCACUUCGUAGUACCGAGACCGACAGUGACGAUUCUACCGUACUUCUCUGUWUGGAUCACCAGCCCAGUGUGAUAGGAGACACAAUMAAGCAGGGAUCGGAUCCUUCKAAGCGCUUGAUGGAGCAUCAGAGUGCCGAUAACUGCGGUCGGUUGCGGAGAAAUUGGYUGCACAACCCGCCUCUCUCCGAGCACGCCAGAAACAUAGAAGCUCAUCAGUCGGAUUGCUCCCUGCCACUCGCCACCCACCAUUUCGACAACACCUUUGGUUUAGGCAGCCAUAUCAUYCUCUGGGGACAGGCCAUGUGCAACGGAAUGGAAACUAGGUUUCGAAUGCGGUCGCACGCGCCACUUUGGCUCUGGCUAGACCAGGAGCACUGUGACAUGCAGCAAGAGGCCGUUGUGUCACCUCUGCUUUGUUACUUUCCAUCAUCCGAAGAUCGAUGUUCAGAGUUUCAGAAUCAGCAAGAAAUCCUCGGAUCCGUGGAUGCUGGUGCGAUGACGACAACAGGGGGAAGAAAACUGCCUGUCGAUUCUGACAGCAGCYACRAGGUCGGGGAGUUAUCUCUYGAGAAAAACAUUACUGAUCCUCGRAAUAAAGCCGAUUGGUGUGGAAUGGCAAAAGAGUCCGAAGAAUCCAAGGCGGCACUACGGGCGUCGUCYACCGAAUAUUUGUUUCAAAGCGUGAGCCCUUUGGUGAUUCGAGAAGCAAAGCGACAAAUUGGUGUCCUGUUUCCUGGCGGUGUUGUUCCGGAAGACUUGGUCACGGUCCACAUUCGAUGGGGCGACAAAUUCUGGGAAAUGGAUUUACCGCCGAUACAAGAAUACAUCGACGGGGUUCAUUCAAUCCUAUCCCAUCGCGCAUCGAAUGCGAAGGCAAAUACAACAAACCAUGCGAAUGUGACGGAAGCCAACAUAUAUCUAGCAACGGAAGAUCCCAGAGCGCACCAGGAAUUCAUGGACGCAAAACCCGACGGMUGGAAGGUUUACGCCGACAUUACGUUGCUCGAAAUCAAUGCCUUUCGGCCCACGAAGGGAAAUCGUGCCAGCUGGGCGGCACGGAACACUAGGGGACGGAGCGGACUAGUGGCGUUGGCAUCUCUCCUCGUAGCGAUGGAGGCCAAUAUGUUUGUGCUGACCACCAAGAGCAACUGGAGCACCAUCAUGAAUCACCUGAGGACCAAUAUMGUGGAUCCGAGGUGCRGCAAUUGCACAAGCAUGGUAGACCUACGGCCGGGWWUUUGGUAGAAACAAUUUUAAAAUAUGGACAUGUUAWUCGUUCAAAUUCAGUCCUGCUGUCAUGAGCAUGAAGGGUUGAUGGGUGUGGUUCCAUUUUUCUAUUCAAGGAAAAUCAUUUCAUGGAUCCCAUCGCCACACAUAAGGACU